UUUGAUUAUUUUGACAUUGACAUUUGUCAUUUCCACGCCGUAUCUGAGUCCACGUUAGUUUUUAAAUGCAGAUUUUAAAAUAAGUGAUUUACGAAAUGCCUACGCCAGAUAAAAUUCUAUUACGGAAAAUAAAGAAACGUGAGAAAAAGAAGUUGAAACUAAUAGCUACGAAGAAACAAAGUGAAAAUGAGAAUACAACAGUUCCAGAUAGUGAAAAUGAUGACAAUAACACAAUGAAAAGGCCACAUGAAAAUGUUGAAGCAGAACAAACCAGUUUACCUAAGAAAAAGCAAAAAAAGAAAAAGAAAGAAAAAGCAACAGCCAGCGAAAUAAAAGAAGAGACUGCAUCUGAAGAAAAUGACUCAACAGAAGAAGACAGCAAAGAAAAUGUUGCAAAUAUGAAUGGUGAAGGAAAACCGGAUGAUAGUAGUCAAUUACCUGGAUCAAGUUUAUGCCUCGGUAUAUUGUCUGAUCAAAAAUUCACAUCACUGGAAGGCAAAGUGUGUGAACCUACUCUAAUGGGCAUCAAAGAUAUGGGAUUCACAACAAUGACUGAAAUACAGGCUAAGGCAAUACCACCACUUUUGGAAGGUCGAGAUUUAGUUGGUGCUGCAAGAACUGGCUCCGGAAAAACUCUCGCAUUUCUUAUACCCGCUAUUGAACUCAUUUAUAAGUUGCAAUUUAAACCAAGGAAUGGUACUGGUGUUAUUGUUCUGUCUCCAACAAGAGAAUUGUCAAUGCAAACAUUCGGAGUGUUGAUGGAAUUAAUGAAAUAUCACCAUCAUACUUAUGGCUUAGUUAUGGGUGGAGCGAAUAGGAGUACAGAAGCUCAGAAACUUUCUAAAGGUAUAAACAUACUUGUGGCAACACCAGGAAGAUUGUUGGAUCACUUACAGAACACACCAGAUUUCUUAUAUAAAAACUUGCAAUGUUUGAUCAUUGAUGAAGCUGACAGAAUAUUGGAAAUAGGUUUUGAAGAGGAAGUCAAACAGAUUAUAAGACUCUUACCAAAACGUCGCCAAACAAUGUUGUUCAGUGCGACACAAACAAAGAAGACAGAAUCACUAACAGCGUUAGCUGUCAAACACGAGCCUGUAUAUGUUGGUGUGGAUGAUCAUAGGGAACAAGCCACAGUUGAUUCAUUAGAACAAGGUUACAUUGUUGUACCUUCUGAGAGACGUAUGAUGGUUCUAUUCACAUUCUUAAAGAAGAAUAGAAAGAAGAAGGUGAUGGUGUUUUUGUCGACUUGUAUGUCAGUGAAAUAUCAUCACGAACUAUUCAACUAUAUCGAUCUUCCCGUCAUGUCCAUACAUGGUAAACAGCAGCAAACAAAACGAACAACAACAUUCUUCCAGUUCUGUAACGCCGAGAGUGGUAUCCUCCUCUGUACUGACGUGGCUGCCAGAGGUCUGGACAUUCCAGCAGUAGACUGGAUUGUUCAGUAUGAUCCCCCAGAUGAUCCUAAGGAAUACAUUCACCGCGUGGGACGGACUGCGCGCGGGCUGGGCACCAGCGGCCACGCGCUGCUGAUGCUGCGCCCCGAGGAGCUCGGCUUCCUCAGAUACCUCAAGCAGUCUAAAGUCACUCUCAAUGAAUUUGAGUUCUCGUGGAACAAAGUCGCUGAUAUACAACUGCAGUUGGAAAAAUUAAUAUCAAGAAAUUAUUUCCUAAAUCAAUCGGCUAAGGAAGCAUUUAAAAGCUACCUUAGAGCAUAUGAUUCUCAUCACCUGAAGACAAUAUUUGAUAUCGACACAAUAGAUUUGGCAAAGGUCGCUAAAUCAUUUGGAUUCACAGUACCUCCCGCUGUUGAACUAAAAGUUACUCCUAAAGGACCGAUGCAGAAGAAACGAGGAGGCGGUGGAUUCGGUUACUUCAAAACAUUAAAUAAAGAACAGAAGAGAACUACCAAGACUAAGAUAUACAGACAGAAAGGGAAUAAUAAGCGAGCGAUCAGCUGAGACUAUUUAUUUCAUUUAUUGUUUUUUUAUUUAAUGUGUCAAAUACAUGAUUUUAAUUAUAAA